CAAUCUCUCUCUCUCUCUCUCUCUCUCUCUCUCCGUUACUUUCUCUACGCUGCCGCCGGCAUUAUCUCCGGUACGUCUCUCAGAUCCGUCCGGUGAAAUCUUCACCAUCCUCGUUUCUUUCGCCAGUUUGAUUACCCAAUCUCACAAAUAUUUUAUCUUCUUUCUAAAUCUGAACCUGAACCACACUAGAAAUAGGAUUUGGAGUUUGUGUUGUCGAUGGCAUGAUGUGCAAAUGAGACAAUAUUGGAAAUGUUAUUUGCAGCAGAAGGAGGAGGAUUCUUCUCUUCAUCAGCUUCUGGGUAUAGCAAUGGUUUAGCUCUUCUUCUAUUGGGUCAAAAGAAUGAACAAAAGCCUGUCAAGGUGUCAUCAUCACAAUGGAACCAUUAUCAUUUAGUUGUUGAAGAAUCUGAUACCGGGUUUCGGUUAGAUUCGUCGAAGAAUUGGCUCUCUUCUGCCUGCACUUCACUUAUAUGUUUCGGCCGAAAAUCCGAAAGACCGGAGAAUCCAUCUCCUAUCCGAGUGAGUCCUUCUCAUACAAAAGAUUUCGCUUCUGACGCUUCUGUUCACCGCGAAGGGAAGGAGGAUCGUGUAGAGUAUAAUUGUGAAGUCACUAAUAGGUUUGCACUUAAAAGCAGCUUGAAGAAAAGAUCGUUUAGUGAUGUUGUUGUUGGUGAUGAUGAUGUGAGUUGUAGAGAUGGUGUGGUGGAUCAUACAGAUAGAAGGAAAGUGCAAUGGCCUGACACGUGUGGUAUUGAUAUCGCUGAGGUCAGAGAAUUUGAGCCUAGUGAAGUAGGUGAGUCAGACGAUGAGUUCCAUCAUGGAAGUGGAAAAAGCUGUAUGUGCACAAUCAUGUGACGACCAAGCUUCUUGUCUCUCUAAAAGUUGUUUUCAAGAACAAAGAGCUUUUAUAUAGCUUAGCUGUGGUAGAUGCUCUUCUAGUUCACCCUUACUCAGUGCACCUUUGUUAUUUAUAUUUAUAGCGAGUAAGUGAGAGAGGUGACAGGGAUGGAUUUGCAAAAAGAUUGGAUAAGAAGAAGAAACUUUUGGAUGUGAACCUUGUAGCCACUUGAUUUGUCAAUUUUGUGGAUUAUUCAAAUGUACAACAUCUCUAUGCUGCUCUGUCUUGUAAUGAUAAAAUCCACACCACAACUUUUUGGAUUAGAAUAAAAUCCAAUUAAUUAUAA